AAAAAUUACUCUUUCUUUUCUUCUUAACUUUCUGCAAACUAAACUAGUUGUUAGUUUAGCUUCCUCGGCCUCCACCUUCAACUUCAAAAGAAAAGUUUGAAGACAUUUAGAAUUUUCAUAGUGAUGGAAAGACUGAACUCAAAGCUGCACCUACAGAACUGCUACAUUAUGAAGGAAAAUGAGAGGCUAAGGAAGAAAGCACAGCUUCUCAACCAGGAGAAUCAAGCACUUUUAUCUGAACUGAAACAGAAACUGGGCAAGGGAAACUCAUCAAAGGGAAAUGCUCCAAAUGAUAUUCUUGACCUUAACCUUAACCUUAACCUCUGCUCAACCUCCAACGCAAAUCCUGCCAACUCUAGCAAACCUUGAUUCAGCAAAAUGGACAUGAUGAACCCACUGGCACUGAAGAGCCCCCCCAGCCUUCUUUUUUGUGUAAAACCAUAGUCAAACUAAAACACUAGUGUAAGUCUAGUUUCAGUUAUAUAGGACAGUAGUAGUACUUGGUUACUUUUUGCUUCUGUUUUCAUCUUGGAGAUAUCUUUCUUUUCUGGGGGUUUAAGAUAUGGAAUUCUGAACCAGAAAGAUAAAAUGUAUCAGGCUAUCUGCUAGAGAUAACUAUGAUAUUAUUAUUAAA